AUGUCUAAAGAACAUCCAGAAGAUAUCUUAAAUAUUCUCUUGAUGUUCUUUGGACGUCUUUCGGACAUGAAUGCUGUUAGGAUUUUCAAGGAGUGGCGAAUAAUGGAAUACUUUGUUGUUAAUAUUCAGCAAAUAAUUCUUCGCGGUGAUAUUAAUAAGAGUCCAAUUACAUCAGUAAUCAAUAGACCCAAUAAAAUUAAAUCAGACUUCCAUUCCAUGAGUUAUUACAAGUCACCCUCUAUACUGCGCAUGUUACAACAUAUACUUACCGAUGAGGUAUUUCGAAAUGGUCUUAUUAAAUAUUUACACACACAUCAGUUCAGUUCGGCUACUUCCGACGAUUUAUGGAACGCUUUGCAAGCAGUGCUAGAUAAAUCAGAUGUCCCGCAUAAUGCUUAUAGAUUGAAAGAGGUAAUGGAUACUUGGAUAAAACAAUCAGAUUUCCCUGUAGUACAUGUAACUCGAAAAAACGAUACCAAUGAGAUAAUACUAACGCAAGAACAUUUUGUUCUGAAAAAUGAAAGUAAGAACAUUAAUGAUAAUAAAUGGUGGAUACCUUUGACUUUUGCUACGCAAACAAAUCCUGAUUUUUCUAAUACCUUACCCACUCAUUGGCUAAAACCGCAAGAUCGAAAUAUAACGAUUGAUGGAAUUGAUCAAAAUGAUUGGAUUAUUGUCAAUUUACAACAAACGGGAUACUAUCGUGUUAAUUACGAUUCUUCCAUUUGGCAAAAAAUUGUGGAUUUUCUUAAAUCUGACGACUAUACGAAAAUCCAUGUACUCAAUCGUGCUCAAAUCAUCGAUGACGCCUAUCAUUUUAUGAUGAUAAAUCAACAUGAUAUCAUAAUGUUUUUAAAUCUAAUAGGCUAUCUAUCACAGGAAACAGAGUAUACACCAUGGCAUUCUAUGUUUGAAAUAUUAAGUCUUACAGAAUAUAUUUACAAUGUUCCAGAAAAUGAACAUCUCAAAUCAUACAUGCUUAAAAUUUUGGAUGGACUUAUUAAGAACAUAGGAUAUGAAGAAGAUCCUUUCGAUAAUGACUUUACGAAACUUCUGAGAACCAAAGCUUUAGAAUGGGCAUGUACUUUGGGUCAUUCCGAAUGCAAGAGAAUGGCCACUGUUAAUCUGAAUGAACACCUCUCAAAUCCUAAAACACACAAAGUUCCGGUAAAUUUAAAAGAAUGGACAUAUUGUAAUGGCUUGAUGGAAGCAAAUGUUUCUAUUUGGAAUAAGUUAUACAAUAUAUAUAUAAAUAAACUAAAUGAAGAGAUUUUGAUGUACUUAACUUGCUCUGAAAAUCCUGACAAUAUAAUUAAUGUCUUGGAUAUAUUCAUAUCCAGAUAUUCGAACAGUUCAAGACUACAAAAUGGAUAUUAUUAUGGAAUUUAUUCUUCUAUUAUCAGACAACACGCUAAAAAUAAUGCAGUAAUCCAUUAUAUAUUAACAAAUUUUAAAAAAAUAAUUCCAAGAAAUUUCAGUAUAAAUUAUGAAUUAACUGUUAUAAUUAACAAUGUGUAUUCUAAAGAAAAACUUGACAAGAUAAGCGAUUUUGUAAGAAAUGAAUUUGAAGAGAAAGUAUUCAAAAAUGUUCAAGACAAAAUAAUAAAACGCAAAAGACGGUUAGAAACACUUGCCUCAUUUCUACCACCUAAUAUAAAAGAG